AGUAAAAGCCCCUUGCCAACUCACCAGCCACAGAGCCUACAUUGAGCCACACUUCUGUGGCGGAGAAGUCAAAAGUUUGUGGAGCAAGUCAUUUCUACGAGAACAUUUCCAGGCCUCUACGUCUACAAAGCUGCUGGCAGCACUGCACAUUAUCCAGUGGUCAUUAAUGCUCCAGACUGUUCUGCACGCCAUUCCUAUCACAACCUGAAGAGCGUCCAGGGAGUGUAAUAGUCCGCUCAAAUUCUCGCAGGAGAAAUCAAUUGUAUUCCUGCCAGGCACUCAACCUCAUUCUCGACCAUGGCGCAGAACGGCGCAGUCCCAGAACUGCCCGAGUCCGUCUCAAAGCCUCCUGAGGGAGUCAUCCUGCCUCCAAAGGACAUCAGAGCCAUUAUCGAGAAGACCGCAGGCUACGUUGCACGAAACGGUCCAGUCUUUGAAGACCGCAUCCGCGACAAAGAGCAGGCAAACUCCAAAUUUUCCUUCCUCAACCCGAACGACGCAUAUGCACCUUUCUAUCAGUGGCGACUAUCAGAAGUCCGCUCUGGACGAGGUACCACCGUUUCAGCUGGAAGAGCAGGGGAUGCUACACCUGCACCAGAAAAGCCCAAGGGACCAGAACCUCCUCCAGAACUCCAUUUCAGUGCGCGAAUGCCAAACAUCAGCGCAGCUGAUCUUGAGAUUGUCAAGUUGACUGCACUUCACGUCGCCCGCAAAGGCAAGAGUUGGAUGACUGCUCUGGCGGCAAGGGAGGCUCGGAAUUUCCAGUUCGAUUUCCUUCGUCCACAGCACUCGUUGUACAACUUUUUCCAGCGACUGGUUGACCAAUAUACCAUCCUACUACAAACGGGUCCUGAAGGCCAAAAAGCAGAAUUAGCACGGAUACAGGCUUUACAAGCAAACAUCCAGAACCGGUUCCGUGUGCUCGAGCUGGCAAAGAAACGGUCCGAGUACGUCAAAUGGCAGGAAACGCAGAAGCAGAAGAAGGAGGAAGCAGAGGAGGCUGAAAAACUAGCCUACGCACAGGUUGAUUGGCAUGAUUUUGUCAUCGUUGAGACAGUCCUCUUCACCGAAGCAGAUGACCAAGCUGAUCUCCCUCCUCCAACAACUCUCAACGACCUUCAAAGUGCCAGUCUCGAACAGAAAGCGAUGAUGAGUCUCUCUCGCCCAGACAUGCGCAUCGAGGAGGCAAUGCCCACCGAUGACAUGAACGGAUAUGCCUACCCUGACCCCUACGCUCAGCCUCAAAAUAGCGGCUGGCCCGCGCCUGAAUCCGCACAGCCAGCGAUGCCAGGCUACGCACCGUCGCCUGUCCCCCAGGCACCCAUACCAUCUUACUCUCCUGCUCCCGCUUUCCCACCACCGGCAUCGGUGCCAUCUCCUCAACCUCCGCCUCAGUCAACAGCAUCCCCAGCGCCUAUACCAGGCCAACCGCCCAUGCGCAUUAAGUCAGACUACGUCCCACGAGCUCAACAGCGCGCCGCCCGCGCCGCCACCGCAAUCUGUCCCAACUGCGGCCAACAAAUCCCUGUCGCCGAGUUGGACGCCCAUUUGCGCAUCGAACUCCUCGACCCAAGGUGGAAAGAACAACAAGCAAAAGCCACGGCCCGCUUCUCAACGACCAAUCUCGGUGGGACAGAUGUCGCCGCCAAUCUCAAGCGCCUACGUGCCAGGACUGAUGGAACCGGCGCAUCUGCAGAUCCAGUGGCAGAAGCAGCCGCUAGAGUGCUGGGCGAGCAGGAAGAAGAAGAACGGCGCAAGCGUAUGCGCAUGGACGGCGGGACCGACUCACCCGUCUACCCCGGCGUAGGAGGUACGUCACAGCAGCCACCAAACGUGCAGGAGCAGAUCCGUCAAAUCCACAACAAGUAUGGGUCGUGAGAAGGGCUGUGAAAGUGUAGUCACUCUGACUCAAAGCCAGUUGAAGAGACGACCGAUUUCAAGGCUGCUCAAUCACGACCUGCAGACGUCGUCCACUAUCUCGACUUCGAGGUGAUGCCACCUAGACUGCAAUCGUCGUAGUGUACUAGAUCAACUACCAAGCCGCCACUCCGAGUGUCGUCUAUUGCACAUGCUGCAGACACGCCGAUCCGAGAUUCACGUUUUGAAGCAAGCUUGGAGCCUCACCGCCCUCAACAUGGUCAUUACGUGUUUGACGCCUUCCAAAUGGUUUGGGGCAGGUCACUCGGAUGCCCCCAUGUCGGCAGAUUGUGGUACU